GUGCACUUGGCAGUCUAGUUGCGGGCUGCUGUGCUGUUGCUGUCGUGGCGUGGCUGGUCGCGCCAGGCGGGGAACUUCACCACACUGGAGCCCGGAGUCCCACUCUCUCACCUGCGCAGUUCGGAGCUGCCAUGGGUCUCUCGCCUGGAUUUACUGUCCUAAUUAUUCUACCGGCCUUUCUGCUGCACACCAGCGGCCUUUACAUCGCCAGUAGCGUUGACUCCCUGCAGCAUGUCCUGGGGGAGUAUGGACUGGUGAGGCCGAUCAGUGUGGACGCAGAGGGCCGCUUCCUGUCACACGCCGUCUCGGCUGGCCGCAUGGCAGGAGGGCAGUCCCGUAGGCGCCGGAGGAGGGAGGUAGGAGUAGGCAAUGAUGAGUGGGAAGAACCAAAAGAAGAGCCAGUUGCCUUUCGGGAAAGGCUUUACUACAAUGUCACCAUCUUCGGCCGGGAGUUCCACCUGCGCCUGCACCACAACGCCAGGCUGGUGGCCCCCGGAGCCAAGAUGGAGUGGCACGAUGACAGCGACAGCACCCGGCACUCUGAGCCACUGCACGAUGAAUGCUUGUACGUGGGGGACAUCACAGACACGCCAGGAGCCACUGUGGCUAUCAGCAACUGUGACGGCCUGGCUGGCAUGAUCAGGAUGGAGCAAGAGGAGUUUUUUAUCGAGCCGGCGGAAAGGGGCGACGGAGUGAUAGAGCAGGAAGAGGAGGAAGGCGGAGGAGGGAGGACACACAUCGUCUAUCGCUCCUCAGCCGUAAAGAAAGCGCCCAUCAGCAGCGCGGCGGCAGACUACCACUCCAGAGGUGCUGAUCUCGGUGGUCUGAUGGACCUGGACUCUCUGUACCGUGGUGUGGAGCAGAGUAUCAACCACACGCGAGCGGGGCGGAUGCGCAGACAGAGCCUGGACCGGGCCUACAACAUCGAAGUGCUGCUGGGUGUCGACGACUCGGUGGUGCAGUUUCACGGGAAGGAGCACGUCCAAAAGUACCUGCUCACACUCAUGAAUAUCGUGAAUGAGAUCUACCAUGAUCAGUCUUUAGGAGCCAAGAUCAAUGUGGUGCUGGUGCGGAUUAUCAUGCUGGGCUAUGGCAAGUCCAUGAGUCUGAUCGAACUGGGGAACCCAUCUCAGAGUCUGGAGAACGUGUGCCGUUGGGCCUUCCUGCAGCAGAAGCAGGACACAGGGGACGCUGAGUAUCACGAUCAUGCCAUCUUCCUCACACGACAGGAAUUUGGCCCCACAGGCAUGCAAGGUUACGCCCCAGUGACGGGCAUGUGCCAUCCGGUAAGAAGCUGCACCUUGAACCAUGAGGACGGUUUCUCCUCUGCCUUUGUGGUGGCACACGAGACCGGACACGUACUGGGGAUGGAGCAUGAUGGCCAGGGGAACCGCUGUGGAGAUGAGGUGCACAUGGGCAGCAUCAUGGCUCCGCUGGUGCAAGCCGCUUUCCAUCGCUUUCACUGGUCCAGAUGUAGCAUGCAAGAGUUGGGACGCUACCUUCAUUCUUAUGACUGUCUUCGUGAUGACCCCUUCGACCACAACUGGCCAUCCCUGCCUCAGCUUCCUGGUUUGCACUACUCCAUGAACGAACAGUGUCGCUUUGACUUUGGUGUGGGCUACACCAUGUGCACCGCGCUACAAAAGGCGGGCCAGUCAGGAUCGCAGUAUCGCACAUUUGACCCAUGUAAGCAGCUGUGGUGUAGCCACCCAGACAAUCCCUUCUUCUGCAAGACCAAGAAAGGACCGCCUAUUGAUGGCACCAUGUGCGGGAAUGGGAAGCAUUGCUUUAAAGGUCACUGCAUCUGGUUGACACCUGACAUCAUAAAGCAAGAUGGAAACUGGGGUUCAUGGAGUGAGUUUGGCCAGUGCUCCCGCACCUGUGGUGGAGGAGUACAGUUCCGCACACGCGACUGUGACAAUCCUAGACCAGCCAAUGGCGGCCGUACCUGUGUGGGGGCGACUUACCAGUUUCAGAUGUGCAACACCAACGAGUGCGAGGAUAUCUACAGCGACAUGAGAGAGGAACAGUGCCAUGCUUGGGACCCCCGCUUUGAAAUCCACAACAACAAGCAACACUGGCUGCCUUAUGAACACACUGAACCCAACAAACGCUGCCACCUGCAUUGCCAAUCCAAAGAGACACGAGAUGUGGUCUUCAUGCAGAGAAUGGUCCUGGACGGCACGCGCUGUUCUUACAAGGACCCCCACAGUGUGUGUGUGCGUGGGGAAUGUGAGAAAGUGGGCUGCGACGGUGUGGUCGGCUCCUCAAAGCAGGACGACAAGUGUGGAGUGUGUGGAGGAGACAACUCUAGCUGCAAAACCUUCAAAGACACAAUCACACGUACUGCCAAGAAACAAGGUUUCCUCAAAGUUCUAGAGGUCCCCAGAGGAGCGAGACACUUACUGAUCCAAGAGCUGAAAGCCACCUCACACACUUUAGCUGUAAAAAAUGUGGCAUCAGGACUGUUUUUCUUAAAUGGGGAAAACGAUUACCCAGAAACCCACUCGGUCAUAGAAAAGGGCGUGGAGUGGGAAUAUGAGAAUGACAACGACAAGGAGACACUUCAGACCACCGGUCCUCUCAGACAUGGAAUUCUGAUCAUGAUGAAACUACAUGGAGAUGAGGAUGUGAAUUUGUCGUAUAAGUACAUGAUGAACAUGGACAGUGACUCUGCCAUUCAGAACAACAUGCUGGUGGAGGACAGUGCUUAUGAAUGGGCUCCAAAGAAAUGGUCCUACUGCUCCAAGCCCUGCGGCGGAGGGAAGCAGUACCUGCGGUACGGCUGCAGAAGGAAAGUUGACAGUAAGAUGGUCCACAAGAGCUUCUGUAACAAAUCCAACAUGAAGCCUAGAGGGGACACGAGAGACUGCAACCAGAAGCCCUGCCCUCCACCCAUCUGGGUGACAGGGGAGUGGCAGAACUGCAGCAAACCAUGUGGAAAGACGGGGAUGCAAAUCCGCUCGGUCAGCUGUGUACAGCCAUCAGAUGACAACACCACACGCUCCAUCCACAAUAAACACUGCAACGACGACCGGCCCGAGACUCGCAGACCCUGCAACCGACACCCCUGUCCCACCCAGUGGAGAGUGGGGCCGUGGUCGCAGUGCUCAGUGACAUGUGGCAAUGGGACCCAGCAGAGGCAGGCUUUGUGCCACACGAGGGACAACACCAUCGGCCUGUGUCUGGACAGUAAGCCCGACACCAUCAGAGUGUGUCGUCUGGAUCCAUGUCCAAGGGGCUCAUCAGACAAGAACGGCAACAUCCUGAUCCAGUGGCUGUCUCGCCACCCGAAGCUCUCCUCACGCCAGCGUUGUCAUGGAGACCGCUCCGUCUUCUGUCGUAUGGAGGCGGUGAAGCGCUAUUGCCCUCUGCCGGAGUUCCAGCGCAUGUGCUGCAAGUCCUGCUACAACGUCACCAUUUGGGAGCCUCGACCCAACACUACCUCCACAACCACUGCCAUAACCUCCAUCCUGCCCACUUCUACAGCUCCUUCACCAGCCAUUACUCUGAGCUCUAGCCUCACCACCAUACAACCCACCACAGAUGUCAUCACCACCAUUUCAGCUUCUACUAUAGAUCCCUGGACCAGCACUCAUCCUCCUACUUUUACCACCACUGUUCCUCCAUUCACACCUUCCACACUAAGUUCUACACAAGUUGUCACCACUCACACUUCAGCUGCCACCAACGCUCCUGUCCUCCCCAGUACCUAUCCCAUGGCAACCACGUCAGUCAUUACUAGUUCUCCCAGUGUUACUGCUGAUCCCCUACCUUUGCCUGCCCCAGACAUAGACGACAACAUGCCGAAUAGUCCAACUACAUCUGGUAUCAUAACUACUACACACCUUCAGGCAACAAACAUUCCAACUAUGAGUAAUCCAACAGAAAGCAGGACAAAAGCGGAUGGCCCACUAAAAUCCAAGCCCAAAAAGAUUCCACCAAAGAAAAACCCCAAAAAGGUGAUUCCACCAAAGAUCAAACCAAAGAACCCCAAAAAGGUGAUUCCACCAAAGACCAAUCCAAAGAAGAAUACUGCGCUAAAAAAUACUACAAGAAAAGAUGUUCCACCAAAGAUAAAUCCCAAGAAGAUUACUGCACUAAAAAAUACUACAAGGAAAGACGUUCCACCAAAGACCAAUCCCAAGAAGAAAACAAGUGUUACUCCAAAAAAGAAUUCACCAGAGUACAGCAAGCCCCCAAAAAAUAAAACAGAAAAAAUAACUUCCAAAAAGACUUUUCAACUAAACACUACUCUCAUAGAGACUACUCCACCAAACACUAAUCCCAUGGAAACUAGUCCACCAAGUACUACUCCCAUAGAAACUAGUCUACAGGAUACAACUCCAGUAGAGACUACUCCACCAAAUACAACUCCCAUAGAGACUACUCCACUAAACACUACUCCCAUAGAGACUAAUCAAACAAAUACUACUCCCAUACAGACUACUCCACCAAGCACUACUCCCAUAGAGACUACUCCACCAAACACUACUCCCAUAGAGACUACUCCACCAAAUACCACUCCCAUAGAGACUACUCCACCAAACACUACUCCCAUAGAGACUAGUCCAACAAAUACUACUCCCAUACAGACAACUCCACCAAGCACUACUCCCAUAGAGACUACUCCACCAAAGACUCCUCCCAAAAAGACAACUUCACUAAAGACUACUCCAGCAAAGACUACUUCCAAAAAGACUACUCCAGCAAAGACUACUCCCAAAAAGGCUACUCCCAAAAAGACUACUCCCAAAAAGGCUACUACAGCAAAGACUACUCCCAAAAAGGCUACUCCCAAAAAGACUACUCCAGUAAAACCUACUCCCAAAAGGACUACUCCUGUAAAACCUACUCCCAAAAAGACUACUCCAGCAAAGACUACUCCCCAAAAGGCUACUCCAGCAAAAACUACUCCCAAAAAGACUACUUCAGUAAAACCUACUCCCAAAAAAACUCCCCCUCUAAAGACCAAUCUCAAAAAGACUCCUCCAGUGAAGACUACUUCUGAGAAAAAAAACAAACCCACACCCAAAAAGGAAGCUCCACUAAAGGCUAAUCCCAAAAAGAACAUUCAGCCAAAGGCCAAAGUUACAAAGAACACCCAAACCAAGAAUCCUCAAAAGACUCCAAAACCAGGUCCCAAAAAUGCCACAAACUCUCAGGCCAAGGUGAAAAAGAUUGAUACAAAAAAGAAAACACUUAAAACAGUGUCAUAUUAUACCACAGCUCCUACCCCAUAUACAAGUCCAGAACAACUGAAAGAGUACUUUUCUUCCACUAUCUCAUCCAGCACUAGUGUAUAUGCAAACUCUGCAGGCAUGCCAGAGUCCAGAAUCAAUAUCACUUACAUCAAAAACAACACAGGACCUACAGAUGAAACUCCUCUGUGGUAUUAUGAUGCCACAACACCCAGCACUUUAAGCAAUGUUGUAACACCAAGUGGAAUCGUUCAUUUUGAAGAGGUCAGCAUGCCCAGUGGAACCAUGCCAUACAGUGAUUCCACAAUGACCAGUAGCGGUGAUGUUACAGUAACCAGUGGGACCAUUAUCAGUGGUGAUGACAUCACGGUGUCCUACAGCAAUGUGGGAAUGGUCAGUGACACCAUGGUGCUAGAUGACAGCCUCACCAUGGUGAUACCGACUAUUAACAGUGAGGAUAUGACAGACCUCGCUUCCUCACCCUGGCUGGACAUGUCUGAGUACAUACCUGUGAACAUCCCCAUUCCCACGUCAACUUCAGACCCGGCAACAGCCUCACCUCCCUCCACCAUCCCUCUAACAACAGAAAAACCAGUCAUCACAACGACCACCAGUCCUCAGCGACGACCUGAGGAGAACAAUGAGAACAACUCAAUCGAUGUCAUAUACAACAGGAUUGUCGGCGUAGACAACGACAUCUCCCAGAACAAUUUGAUCCCAAAGCGCCGGGUCAACCUCAGAGAAAGAACCAAGAACAAACGUAUUCAGGAGCUUCUCGAGGAGAAGAGAAACUUUCUCCUCAGGAUGAAGAGAGGCCAUGCAGCAUGAUAGACCAAGCGCUGUCAUUUCUCUUAUAGAGAUGAACGUUUCCUUUACAAACUUUUGUAAGCCCUGUUUAAACCCCUCUGAACUGUCAUGGUGCUUUCUAUCAGGCCUUUCUGGGAAAAAAAACUCUGUCAUAUCACUAUUAUGACAAUCAGGACUGCAGAGACCGAAUAUCGUGGCCAAAUGUUUGAACAGUUGCUUUGAAUAAAGGAAAGCCCUUUAGAGUACAGAUUGUAGCAGAUUUGAAGCAAAUCGCCUCGCCUGUGUCAACACAAUAAUGAGAAACAGAAGGGAUGAAAAGUGCACAUCUAGUUUGCCAGUUUGGCCAGCACUUCACAAAUCCAAGCUUUUAUCCCCCCAAACCACCCGCAGUCUUGUUAGAGGAUUCAUCAAUGAUGUAGAUAAGGUGUAAUGUUGUUUGUAAAAUGGUAUUAUCCCUACUGGCACUUAUUAAGCGACAAAAUCUACCACCUAGAAUCCAAAUCCCCAUAUUAUAUUACAGCCCAGGACUGCAGCUCAUUUCCCGACCAACAUGUAUCUUGUCUAUCUCAGCCCCGAACAACAGCAACUGUAGGACAAGAUGAAAAUGUCUCCGGUUAAGUGGUCAGCACUCUGACUACAUUAUACACAUAGGAGCUUUUGGUGGAAAACUAUAUGGCAAUACUAUAGAAUCAGAAAUUCAAAGUUUCCUUUUGGUUUAAUUGAAUUGUACAAAGUUUACACUGCUUGGAUUAUGUGCCUUAUUCAAAGUAAAUGUCCGUCUGACUACAUGAGGUCUCUCAUCUCUCAGGAAGUAAAGAUACAGCAUAUUAAGGGACAUUGCCAAACACAUGGUGCUUCCUAAAUUUUGAUGAUAUAUUUUGAUAUCUCACUAAGCGAGGUAGAAAAACAAUAUAAGUGAAGAGAAGAAGCUAUAUUGAUAUGCAUUUUUGUUUGCAUCUUUUUUUACGGUCAGUCAAAUAUGGUGCUUUUUUUGUCAGUGUUGCUAAAAGCGAUGUCCCAGGUGCAUUGUAUAAAAAAAAUACAAAAAAUAUUAUCAUAAAAUAAAGAAGCCUGUUCGUAUUAACUGUAUUCAAAUGGAAGCUUUUGGAGCAACUUUGUUAUAUUUUGAUACUAUUGGUACAUCUCUAACUUGCAGCAGCUGCAAAAGCAUCUAUGGAUAUUUCUGUACGAUAUGUGUACAUAUGAAAAAGAACUUAAUGUUUAAUAUUUAUUAAAGUUUAAGUGCCUGUGGUAUUUUGCAAACUGUCCUUGUCUUGUGUUUUCUUUUUCAGUGACAGUCAUGCAGCUCUUUAUCUUUUUGGCUUCAACUACUAGUUGUUAUGUCACUCAGUCAACUCUGAUAAACAACUGUGAGCCUCACUGCUGCAUCAGCAUAUGACUGCACGACUUUUGUUUAAGCAGCAUCAAAUUUACAUUAGCACCCUUACAAACUUUUCUUCAAUCUGUAUUAAACAUCAGUUGCACAGUAGUGUAAAAUCUGACACAUAGGGGGAGACAUUGCACCUGAAAUCAUGUUCAAGGUAUUCAUGUUUGAACUCAAACAACCGUUUUUAUUGCCUUGUUUUUCAUCUGAGCAGAAUCAGAAUAUGAGGUUCAGACCAUGACUGCAUUUGGACUGAUAAUAUUUCUAAAAUAUAAAGUCACUGAUCGCUAAAAUGGAAUUUCAGUCUCUUGACAGAGCGGCUCCAGCACAAGUCAUCUUUAAUGUGAUUACAAACUAUUCAGGAAUUUUUCAGUGUAUAUAUAUUGCACUCACUCUCAUGC